AUGACACCCCCUCCUCCUCCUCCUCCUCCUCCUCCUCCUCCUCCUCCUCAACCACCUCAAUCGACUGGACGCUCAUCCCCUCCGCCUCCUCCCCCAACUUGGGCGAUUGCUGGCACUGCAGCGCUGCUCUGCAUCCCCGCUCUGAUUCCAGCGAUAGCUCCAGCACUCUCUUCUCAUGCGCGGAGUGCGGGCUGCCUAAUUAGCGCGGGCCUGUAUUUUGGAAUCUUUUGGGCGAGUACGGUGGCGUGGCCGGUGCAUUAUUGGGUGCUGGAUUGGGCGAGUAGUGAGGGGGUGUGUGGGAAUAAAAUGGGGGGGUGUCGGGCGUGGGAUUGA